GUAAAAAGCUAAAUGUUGCAGAAACAGUGUGAUUAAAAAUACGUUAAAUGGCUGUAAGCACGCAACUAAACACCACAUUCGUUUGCCACAGUUGAUCUUUAAUUUUGCCUUGGAAGCCUUUAACAUCUUGUGUUUUUUGCGUUACCAUUUCAAUCCAGUGAUAGUUGUUCUGCUUCUCAAUUCUCAGGUCACCAUUUGCUCCAUGUUUUUAAAUCAGCAAGAGACAACAUAUUGCUGCAUUGUGAUGACUGUUAAAAAAACAUAUGAACCAGUUCCUGACAUAGGAGUCCAAGAGUUUUCAUUGUCCUACAUUUAAGAGAGAUACCAUUGCACUUGUUGCACAUUUGCUUAGUCAGGACGCCCACAGGCAGUAGAAUUGGAGCAGCUCCUAUUUACUUUGUUUUAGAUGACCGUUACUGCACUGGAUGGAUGUGGAUUUCUAUUUAUUGGAAAGGAAUAAACUUAACUCAGCAUCAGUCAUAUGAAAGUAAUGAAUUACCAGAUCACCCAGUUGGACUGUAGUGUGUGUGUUUUUAUAAUAAUGACUUGAGCUUCAUUGAGUUGUGGUCUCUCUAAUCUCGCAGAACCUGAUAGCUAUGAACCAACAAACAAGUCUGACAGCAAAAAAGGGCUAUUUACUCACAUGAAGAAGAAGCUACCUGUCUUUUGGAAAUCUCAUAAGACGCCUACCAACUAUGAUGAUGCUCGUCUAAACUUUGUGUAUGAAGCUGCUGUGCAAUUGCAGCCACCCAGAGAUCCUUUGCUACAGUUAGUCUUCCUUCAGGAGGCAUCUGGCUACUGGCGGCUUGAUCCAGCUCUGGCUACUGCACUGGGAAAGAUCAGCAAGGAGAUGGAAAAGUCAAAGCCUGAAAAGGGCAGCAAUGAAGUGUGGGCCACCAUUCUGGCUCUGAUCUGGCUUCAUGCUUUUAAGAUGGAUGCAAAGGAUGAGUGGGAGCUUCUGGCUAUGAAGGCUGCCUCAUGGCUCCGUGCUCAGAAUGCACCAUGUGUGUCAGAGUGUGUGGACGCUGGAAAUGUCCUGUUGGGUUCCAGCGUGAAGAAAGAAGCUCUGGGACUCUGAGAGUUUUCUCAAAUUGGCUUCACCUUAAGAGCUAGUCACACCAUUAAGCCUUUUGAUUCAGUGUUGUGUCAUACUGUCUUCUUCAUUCACCUUCUUCACUGACUGUGUGUUUAUACAUCAUUCUGCAUUUAAUCAUUAGUUAUUACUAAUCUCGGCUCUCUUCCAUAGCGUGUCUUUUGUCAUGUCUCCCUCCCCUCAUCUCCAACCGGUCGUGGCAGAUGGCCGCUCCUCCCUGAUCCUGGUUCUACCAGUUUAUUUUCUUGGUAAAAGGGAGUUUUUCCUUCCC